AUGAUGCACCCACAUCACCACCAGAGUUAAUAAUAACGUCCUAUUAUGCUUUAAGAAAAUGGGAUAAUGCCCUUAACUAUUAGAAAUUUAGGCUUGGAUCCAUUUUAUCCGCUUUUCUGUAUUUCUUCUCGAAGAAAAGUAGCCGAGAGCUCCAUUUGCAACAGCCCCGCAGCGGAUUCCUCUUUCGGAUCCGCUUCUCAAGGCAGAGAGCGCCGGAGAGUAAGUGCCUGGCGCGGGUUCAGCGACCCCAUCCUUCGGGCCCGGCUGACGCGGCCUCCAGUUCCUGCAGCGGCCUGUUUUCCGGCGGAGGCGGAGAUCCACGCGAAUCCGCUGAAGUCCGGCCGCGUCGAGCACGGUCGCCCGAAGCAUUGUAAUGCAGCCCGACCGUGGCGGCCGGCCCCGAAGGGGAGGCAGCCGGCCCAACCGAAGACGGCCGGGCGGCAGGGAGAAGCCGGCGGAGAGCAGUAGCGAAGACAGCCACAGCCGAGGAGGCGGGGGACGCGGCAGGCGGGGAGUUCGCGGCAGAGUAGCCGCUUCGGGUCACUCCGCGCCUCGCGGCUGUGAGUCGGCUACUGCUGAACUUGACUUACCAGAAAUGGGCAAAGAAGAUAGGGGAAGUUAUUCAAGAAGAAAGCUAAUUUCCAACUGGCACCGUUAUGAAGAACGUGAGAAAGAAACACAAAAUGGCAGUGGUGAAUCUCAGCGUGGGACAGACUUUAGUGUACUGCUUAGCUCAGCAGGAGAUUCCUUUACCCAAUUCAGAUUCACUGAAGAAAAAGAGUGGAUUUCAGAAAACCUUGGCCCAAAGCAGUUGGCAGGCUUGUACGUUGACUGCCAGUCCUUGGUUCAAGCGCUUGAAGAACUGCCUCUGCACCUCAAACUCAACAUGGCUGCUGAACUGGUACAGGAUGCAACCCCAGUCACGCUUCCCCAGAUUAAGCUGCAAAGUCAUGACAUGGCCAAGAAAAGUAGUGAUCUAUUGCAACAGCAAAAGAGAGUCGGGUCACACUGUUAUCCCAAGGAAGAUUCUGCUGUUCCCUUGACUUUGUCAAAUAAAGAUGGAUCUGGAAUUUCUUCAGAGGCUCUUCAGAGAAAUCCUUCAAGUUUACAUCAAGUAAUAGAUGAUUUGGAUGAAGACCUUGAUCUGCUCCUGAAAUUAGAUGCCCCUAUUAAUCCUGAAAACAAUAUUGCUUUGGAAGUGGUAGCAGAUAGCCUGCCAUCUGGGGAUGAUUCGAUAAGGACUUUUGAAGAAACUGAUCACUUAGAACCAGGUAGAGCUGAAGAAAUUUGCUCAACAUCUCAACCGCCAGAAGCUACUUCCAAAAAUAUUACUGAAGAGCAACUUGAAGAUUGGUUAGAUAGCAUGAUCUCCUAAAAGCUACAUUUUGUUUAUCAUACAAGUGUGUGAAAAAUAAUUUAAGAUGACAAUUCCUAAUUGUAAAAAAUGUUUACAAAUAUUUAAUCUGGUGACUGGCUGAAUCUGCGGCUUAAAAACAUUAUUUGUGUAUUUGCAGUGUUCUGGAUUUCAUUGCCUUCAGAGAUGUAACAAUAUUAAUUUGAAGUUGUAAAUGUAUAAAAGCCUAUUUAGAGUCUGUGAAAUAAAAUAAAUUACAUUUGCAAGUGCAAUCAUAGAAUAUGUCUUGGUGUGACACAAAUAACACAAUGAAAUAUGACGUUGAGUUUUGUUUUGCAAAUUCUUUAUUGUAGUGCAUAUUUUUAUUGGAAGAAAAAAAUUACAUUAACAUUGCAACUAAUCACUAGUUUCAUUCUGUUCAGUUGUAAGACAAGUUUUUAAACCAGCUGCAUGUAGGAAGCAGUUUUGUAAUAAGUAUAUGACUAAAUUUCAUGUCAUACAAUAAGACCAGAAAGCAACACAGUCAUAUAACAAAAAUGUCAAUCUAAAAGACUAACAUUUAAAAAAAAGUAUUUUGCAUAGCUGAAUCUGGAAAGAGUUAAGGCACUUAGAUUUUAGAGACAAUAAAAUACUUGAAAAUUUUAAGCACUGAAUACUUAAAAUCUUUCAGUCUGUAUUGUUACACUAAGAAAAACAAGGCUGAUUUGAAAUAUUAAGUUCACCAUAUGAGUCUAUGAUUAAGUUAUUGUCACCUGACAUUCAGAGUUGCAAAACAAUGAUAUAGCCCUUUCAACUACAUUAUUUUCUACAAAGGACUGUUUAAAAACAAGUAAUGAUUCCUGAAUUAAAGUACUGAACUGAAAUAUUUAAACGUUAUUUUUUGCUCAAAUAAUUCAGAGCCUGUUUCUGCCAUAUACAAAAAGCUAAUCUAUAUCAAUUUAAAACUGGGCUAGUUUAUUUACUUAGAGGUCAAACAUAAGCAAUAUGUAUGUUACGCCACUAUUUUGUAAGAAUUCUAUUUUUGUUUACAUUGAAUAUAGUAGUUUCUUUGUUGGUAUUUUUAUCCAAGCUGAUCUUCAUACUGUUUACGGAAGCAGUCUCCAGCUGGGAAGAAAUCCCAGCAUCUUUCUUGGUACAUUUUCCAUACAUAUGACUCCUAAAAAUAUAUAAUACAUGUUUUUCAAAAUAUUUAUUUGAGAAAAGAAAGAAUUUUUAUACUUAAGGCAUAUUUUUAUCUCAGAUUAAUGAUUGGAAAUUUUCCUUAUUAGAAACAUCAAGUGGAAAUAUAUUCCUGAAAAUAACAAGGCAGCCUUUCUGUUGGUGAAUCUGUUUGGUCAGUUUAUAGUUCACUUAUUAAUCUCAGGGAAUAUAUUUUUGUUAUGUAAGAUAUUACAACAUUAUUAUCAUAUGCUAAACAAGUAAUUAAGUAGUGAUAAAUUCAGAUAAAUGCAUUUCACAUCUAAAUACAGGCUGGCAGCCAACUUUGCUUUAGUAUGAAAUGACAGAACAUUUUUUUUUACAAAAUAAUAAUCUUAUAAUAGCAGGUCUUGAACAAUUGGUAUAAUACACUAAAGUAAAUAUUCAGAAGAAGGCAUGAAGAACUGCAAUAUUUAGUACAUGCGUUUCCAUGGAAGAACAUUAAAACAUUUAGAUGUUGUGUGUUUAUAGAUUAAAAUGGUCAAUAAUUUGAUUUUGGAGGGAAAAAAUGAAUGGUAAUCAUUUAAUUAUAUAACAUGAUAUUAGUAUAUCUCUAAAAGAAUGUUGAUUUUAUUUUAUGAAUGUUUUCUGAAAUGUUUCUUUCUUUUCAUUUACAUAAUCAAUUAAUGCUUUACCUGCCCAGUGUGUUCAGUUUCAUCCUUAUUAAUAAGAUACAUCAAAAAGAACCUGAAAAAAGAAUAUGAAACUAUACAUGAUUGGUUUUGGUGGUAUGCUGUUCUUGCUUCUUAAGAAAACAGUAAUUAUUUCCAUCUAAACAAUUGUGAAACUAUAGGCUAAAAAGAUAUGUUUUAUGAUUCAUUUUAUAGUCAAAAGUUGUAUUAAAGUGGUGAAAUAUUUCACAUUUGUAAAAGAGUUUUGUGUAUGUAAAAUUGUACAAGUCUCUGCUUCUGAGUUCCCAAUCCAAAAAAGUAGAUAUCCUCCUCAAAAAAGCAUUAGAAGAAAAACAAAUGUACAAAAACUAUUAAUGAAAAUAACUGAUACAAAGCUGUGGAUGCUAGUAUCUGUUUAGUUACUCACAAUAUUUUAUUUUAGUGGUGACCGGUUCUGUAUUGUUCUUUUUUUCUUUCAUGAACAAUAAAAAAGCUAUACCUUGUA